UUCGUAGUUUCGUUUCAUCUUACAUGCUCUUGAUUUCACAUUGACGCUGAUCGAAGCUAGCAGAUUUCGCAGUGUACCUAUUUAUGAGAGCCUCUUCCUCUUCUGCUCCUUCAUUCCAUCAGCAGGCUGUGCGUGAAUUCAAUCAAAAAGCCUGAUUCCACAUUUCCAUGGCCGUCCAACUAAGAGCCUCUUCUUCUUUUUCCUCCGCUUCUUCUUCAUUUCAUCAACAAUCAAACAACUCCGAUCUAAUGACUCUCCAACUGAGAGAAUCAUCCUCAUUUUCUUCUCUUCCUUCUUCGGCCUGUUCAUACAAAUACGAUGUGUUUCUGAGUUUCAGAGGCCAUGAUACUCGCCACGGUUUCACAGGUCAUUUGUACAACACAUUGGUUCGAAGGGGGGUCAAGACUUUCAAAGACGAUGAUGAGCUUCCAAGAGGAGAGGCAAUAGCAAAAGCACUUAUCGGAGCCGUUGAAGAAUCAAAGCUCUCUCUGAUUGUCUUCUCGGAAAACUAUGCAUCCUCAAGGUGGUGUUUGGAUGAACUGGUUCAUAUCCUUGAGUGUAGAAGAUCGAAGAACCAAAUGGUUCACCCAAUCUUUUACAAAGUCCAUCCCUCGGACGUAAGACACCAAAGAGGUAAAUACGGUGAGGCACUUGCAAGACAUAAGCUCAGAUUCGAUGAUGGCACGGUGACAAGAUGGAGGGCAGCUCUAAAAGAAGCAGCAGAUUUAUCUGGGUCGCAGUUCUCGGGCGGGUAUGAACAUGAAUUUAUAGAAAGAAUUGUUGAAGAGGUUUCUGCACAAGUAAAAGAACCUACCUAUUUGGAUGUGGCAAGGUAUCCUGUUGGGAUACACUCUCGGGUACAAGACAUGCUUCAGUUGUUAGAUGUUGGGGGAAGUUAUGUACGCAUGGUGGGGAUAUGGGGAACUGGUGGAAUUGGGAAGACAACGAUUGCUAAAGCUGUUUACAAUGAAGUUGCCCGUAAGUUUGAUGGUUGCUGCUUCUUGGCAAAUGUUAGAGAAGGUUCAGAGCAAGGUGGCGGUUUGAUCAACCUACAAAACAUUGUUCUUUCCAGAAUUUUAGGGGGCGAAGAACUGAAAAUAAUCAAUGUUGAUGAAGGAGUCAAUUUGUUGCGUGAAAGGUUUAAAAAUAAAAGAAUUCUAUUAAUUCUUGAUGAUGUGAAUAAGUCGAUUCAGUUAGACAAAUUAGCUGGAGCACCUGAUUGGUUUGGAAGUGGCAGCAGAGUUAUUAUAACAACAAGAGAUAAGCGUUUGUUGGAUGUUCACGAAGUCAGGCUUAUAUACAAGGCCAGUGCACUAGAUCAUGACCAAAGUUGUGAGCUCUUCAAUUCUAAUGCCUUCAAGAAUAAGAGAAAUCCUGACAACGAUGAGAAACGUUUGAUCAACACUAUUGUUAGGUAUGCUAAAGGCCUUCCGCUUGCCCUGAAAGUUUUGGGUUCACAUCUAUACGGUAGACAUGUACAUGAUUGGCAAGAUAUGUUAGAUGGCUUUAAAAUAGAUCUAUACGGUGACAUGUACAUUCGAGAAAUUCUCAAAGUCAGUUACGACGGACUAGAAGAAACAGAGAAAGAAGUUUUCCUUGACAUUGCCUGUUUCUUCAAAGGUUGGAAGACAGAGGAUGUGAAACAGAUGCUAGAAGGUUGUGACCGCAACAGGCCCAAGCAUUGUAUUACAGUUCUUGAAGAAAAGGCACUCAUAAAUGUUGAUUACUAUGGUCGUAUUUGCAUGCAUGAUAUGCUAGAAGAGAUGGGAAAAAAUAUAACUAGGCAACAGUCUCCAAAUCUCGGUGAGAGAACUAGAUUGUGGCAUCACAAGGAUGUGCGGGACAUUCUAACGGAAGGCACGGGAACACGUAAAAUUGAAGGAAUAAUAGUAGAGAUGCCUACAGAAGAUGUGAUCCACUUGAGUCCUAAAUGCUUCAAAAAGAUGAAAAAUCUUAAAAUCUUUAUAAAUGUAAAUGGAAGGUUUGUUGGAAAGGUUGAUUAUUACCCGAAUCAAUUGCGGGUACUUGAUUGGUCUCAAUGUCCGUUGGAAUCUUUGCCCUACAAUUUUAAUACAAUGAACAUGGUUCACUUUCACAUGGAAGGCAGCCGCAUCUCACGUCUUGGACCAGGAUUCAAGAGCAUGCGAAAUCUGACAACCUUAAAUUUAAGUGGAUCCAAGUUUCUGACAGAAAUCCCUGACGUAUCCGGAAGUCCAAACUUAGAGGUCCUGUAUCUAAUAAAUUGUAUGAGUUUAGUGGAGGUUCACCCUUCGGUCGGAUCCCUUCAAAAGCUUGUGAAGCUGGGUCUUUGGGGAUACAAAAUCCUGACACAAAUCCCCGACUUGUCCAGAAGCCCAAACUUACAGAUUUUGAAUCUGCGCUAUUGUGAAUGUUUAGUGGAGGUUCACCCUUCGGUUGGAUUCCUUGAAAAGCUAGUUGAGUUGGAUCUUUGGGGAUGCAAAAUCCUGACACAAAUCCCCGACUUGUCCGGAAGCACAAACUUACAGAUUCUGAAUCUGACCUAUUGUGAAUGUUUAGUGGAGGUUCACCCUUCGGUCGGAUUCCUUGAAAAGCUUCAGAAGCUGCGUUGUCGGGGAUGCAAAAUGCUGACACAAAAACCAAGGUUGUUAAAUCGAUGGUUAGAUUUGCGGGAUUGUGAAGCUUUAGAUCAUCUCCCAUCACGGGUUGAUAUACCAGUUUUAAUUGUCUAAUACCAUAUAUCAACCAAUAUAUAUUUAGUAUGAAAAAUUCACAAUU